AUGGGGAGAGGUAAGAUCGUGAUAAGGAGAAUCGAUAAUUCAACAAGCAGGCAAGUUACUUUCUCAAAGAGGAGGAACGGGUUGCUCAAGAAGGCGAAAGAACUUGCCAUCCUUUGUGAUGCUGAAGUUGGAGUCAUCAUCUUCUCUAGCACAAACAAGCUUUAUGAAUUCUCAAGCUCCAGAGAGGAUGCUAUUGGAGUUGGAAUUACCGCGACUAGUGACACUAGAUUUGCCUCCAAUGGAUCAUCGUUAAGGGAUUUAAAUUGUACUCAUUCCAAUUACCAGACUCAAUGA